AUGGACAUGACCCGUGAAUCCUAUGUUUCGCAAUCACUUCUGUACAAGACUAUUGCAACACAAGAUGCUUCAGUUCGAAUUUGGUGGAUUUUGAAUUUCGUCAAGCAAGUCGUCGGCGGAGUAGAAGAGGGCCUCGGCGUCCUGAAGCCAGAUGCGGUGGGCCUCGUCACCGGAAAGUGGCGCCUCGAACAAGCGGUACUCCGUCACCGUCUUGAUAGCCAUCAUCACCUGCCUCUUGCUCCUCGUCUUUUCGGACCAAGCCCUCGAUUUUUUAUGGCCGCCGAGGAUUUGCGAUGUGCAGUACUUGCGGAUGCGAUUAAUGUUCUGAAACCGCACGUUUUGGCACGGUACAGAUGCACUGCAUAUUAA